AUGCUGCUGUCACACUUCCCGAUGCUGGCCGCCAUAUUGCUGCCUCUGGCUGCAGCUCAGCUGACCCUGCCGGGCCUGCCUCUGGCUAACAUCACUCAGGCAGCUCAGGAGCUGGCUCUGCAGACCGAGCAGUAUGUGGCGGGUGUGCCGCUUGCUCUCGCAAUCAGCGUAAUAAAUAAGCUAUGCUCCAAUGUUGUAGCCACCGGUAUUAUACAGUCCCAGGUUCAACCCAAUGUCAGUCGCAUGCAUUUUCAGCUGCGAAACAACUGUCACCGCGAUAGCUUCCCGCUGCUCGCAGCCGAAGAAAUGUGGCGCAGUCCAAACUUUGAUCCGAAGAAGAAGGUCGUCAUUUUGGCCACCGGCUGGACCACAAAUAUCAACAACUCGGAGGCCAUUGAUGCGUUCGAGAAGGCCUACAAUUGUCGCGGCGAUGUUAAUUUUGUGGCACUCGACGUGGCACGCUUCAUAGAUACGUUGUACGUCUGGUCGGCACUCAAUACGGAAAUUAUUGGCGAGUACCUGGCUCGUGGUCUUAUACAUUUAUCCCACAUAGUACCCAUUGAGAGGGUGCACUUGAUUGGCCACAGCUUGGGCGCUCAUAUAGUGGGCUCUGCUGGGCGCCACUAUCAAGAACUAACCAACAGCAGUCUGAGGCGCAUUACGGGCCUAGAUCCCGCCAAGCCGUGCUUCAACGAGGGGGAGGUGUUGUCCGGUUUGCUGCGUGGCGAUGCCGCAUUCAUUGACAUCAUUCACAGCAGCCCGGGUGUGGUGGGCCAGCGCGGUCCACUGGGCGAUGUGGACUUCUAUCCCGGCGGCCUGGGUCCCAUCGCACCUGGCUGCUUGGCGCUGGAUUUGGAUUGCUCGCAUGAGCGAGCUUGGCAAUACUUUGAGGAGUCCAUCUAUCCGGGAAACGAAGACAACUUCUUGGCCGUCCGAUGUCGCUCGCUGAGCAGUUUGCGCGAAGGUAAAUGCCCAGGCAUGGCCUAUCCAAUGGGCUAUUCCACCCCAAUGAGCAUUAAGGGCGAUUACAUGUUGGAUGUGAAUUCGCGUCGGCCCUACGGACAAAAUGCUGGUGAAGGGUCCAUAGAUGUAGUUGGCACCACAUGCGGGCGUUGUGAGUAA